AUGGACGAUUCAAACGAGGGCGUCAUUUUGGUGAUGGGAGUAACUGGGGCGGGGAAAAGCUACUUUCUCAACCAGCUCAAGAGCCAAUGUGUCAAGGAGGGCCACUCGUUGUCUUCAGAAACUCAGGGCUGCCAAGCUGUUCAGAUAUACCUCGAUGGAGACGAGUCGCGCAGCAUCACCGUUGUUGACACCCCUGGGUUUGACGACACGGAGCGUUCUUCGGACGAGAUCCUAGUCGAAAUCACCAACUAUCUAGCGGCGCAGCAUGCCUCGGGCCUCCCUUUGCGAGGAAUCCUGUAUCUGCACAGGAUCACGGACAAUCGAAUGACAAACACAUCAAAAUCUUACCUGCGGCUUCUUGAGAGCUUGGUCGGAGAUGAUGCACUGAGAAAUGUCAUUCUGGUGACCACCAUGUGGAACAUGCUCCGCCCGGAGGACCGCAGGCGUGGUCUUCAACGAGAGCAAGAGCUACUCGACAAUUUCUGGAGUUCCAUGGAGCAAAAGGGAUCCUACGUCGCUCAGUUCGAUGGCACGGCUGACUCUGCCUACGCACUCGUCUUCCAGCUCGCAGGCAAGGACAGCGUGGUGCUUGAUAUCCAGAAGGAGACCGUGGAGCAAGAUAGAUCUAUCCUGGAGACAACGGCGGGUAUGAACCUGAUUCAUCAGCUGAAGAAAGAUAGCGAAAGUUAUCAGCUGCAGAUGUCUAACGUCGAGAAGCAGCUGGAGCUGGAAAUGAGGGAAGAACCUCGUGACAAAGACAAGAUAAGACAGCUCAAAACAAAAAAGCAGGAGAUAGAGAAGAUCUUGCGGCUCAUGAACGGCUCUGUGGAGCGAAUGAAGGUUCAUCCGGGUUCCCCUAUGCGGGACCGUAUGAAGGACGCCAUGAAAAAGCAUGGGAUGGACGCAGUUGCGGCGCUGAGCGCUGUUCUGAAUGUAACAUACUUCGUGGUUCGUCUGGUCUUAGGAGCGUAG